AUGGCUUUUAAUGCUAUCCUUGAAUCACUUGGUGGUGUUGGUUACUUUCAGAUACUGCACACCAUCCUUCUUUUAAUUCCAGUGGCACUUUUGGGUUGUCACAAUCUUCUCCAGAACUUCACAGGAGCUGUGCCAUCUCACCACUGCCGUGUGCCUCUUAGUAUUUCUCUCCAAUAUAAAAUUAAUUCUACAAGGGAUGCAGGUCAAGAAAAGUUGCUACGGUCCUUUAUCCCCUUAGACGAGCACCAGAAACUUGAAAAGUGUGUCCAAUACAGAAGAAAUAAAGGAUGGUCCUUUCUUCGAAAUGCAACACUUGAAAAAGUGAGAGGCCUGAGCAGAGAACCUUGCAAGGAUGGAUGGAUUUAUGAUACAAAUGUCUUCUCCUCAACCAUUGUUACCGAGUGGAAUCUGGUUUGCAGCCAGCGUUCUUGGAAGCAGGUAGCACAUUCCAUCUACAUGACUGGAGUGCUUAUAGGAGCUGUUGUUUUUGGAAGUCUGGCUGAUAAAUUUGGCCGAAUGGAAAUCCUUACUUGGUCUUAUCUUCAGAUGGGAAUUGCUGGCUGCUGUGCAGCGUUUUUGCCAACCUUUGAUGCCUAUUGUGCUUUCCGCUUUCUCUGUGGUGUGGCAUCAUCUGCGGUUUCUGUCAAUUCCAUUUCCCUGAUUUUGGAAUGGAUGCCCAACAGAGGUCGAACUUUGGCUGGAAAUUUCUUUGGUUUUUCGUACUCAGUGGGACAGCUCUUGCUUGCUGCUAUUGCUUACAAUAUCCGAAACUGGCGCUGGCUUCAGUUUGCUGUUUCAGCCCCAUUUUGUGUCUUCUUCAUUUACUCCUGGUGGCUACCAGAAUCUGCUCGUUGGCUUAUUCUUCGAGACAGACCUCAUCAAGCUGUGGAAAAUCUGAGAAUGGCUGCACGCUUCAAUGGGAAGUUAAAGGAGGGCAAGAAAAUAAAUGCCGAGAUGUUGUGCUCUGAAAUGCAGAAAGAAAUACUGGAGAUAAGAUCAUCUCAUUCUGUUCUUGACCUUGUACGCACCCCUGCAAUGAGACGAAUGUCCAUGUGUCUUCUGUUUGUGUGGCUUUCUUCCAAUUUUGCUUACUAUGGUCUAAGCAUGGACCUUCAGAAUUUUGGACUCAGUGUUUUCCUGGCUCAAGCAUUGUUUGGAGGAGUGGAGAUGGCAGCCAAGGUCAUUGUUAUGGUGUCAAUGACUUUUGUAGGAAGACGUGUCAUGCAGUUUUGGUCCCUCAUCUUUGCAGGCGCAAUGGUCAUAUCAUAUGGAUUUGCUCCUCCAAACAUGCGUCUCCUAUGUACAGUCCUUGCAGUCACCGGGAAGGCUUUUCUGGCUUCUUCUAUCACAUGUAUGUACCUAUUCACCGGAGAACUCUACCCCACAGAAAUACGACAAACUGGAAUGGGUUUCAGUGCCAUGAAUGCUCGACUUGGCUCAGCCAUAGCCUCCCUGGUACAUCUAACCGGAGAUUUUUCUUUAUCCCUCUUCUCUAUGGUGUUUGGAGUCACACCCAUAGUGGCCGGUCUCUUCUCCUGCUUUCUUUUGGAGACCAAAGACUCCCCUCUCCGUGAUACAAUCCAUGAUGUGGAAAGAAGGUAUACUAAUCAAUCCAUGGACAGUGAUGAAUCAGAAGAAGAUGAUGAUGAUGAAAAAAACAAAGUUUGA